AUGUUCAGGGGGGGGCCAGGGACGCACUUCUGUUCCGGCAAAACUAAUUUCUUCCUAGAAACGAAUACCCUAGAGUUAGACAUAAAAAAGGAGUUCCUAAAAAAUGGCGAGUGCCCCUCGUCCUUCCUCUCCAAACUUCCUCUUUUCAAAAAAAAACUGCUAAACGAUUUUUUCAUUUUGAAAAAGGAGGAAAUUAAGAAGCGCUUGUGGCAGACGUACGAGGAGGUCAUAGACAACUUGGGGGAUGAAGAGGUGCGGGAGGUGUUCAGCAGAAUAAAUGAGAGCGCGAAAAGGGAGAGGGGCGGCGAAGAAUCGUUCCUGAGUUAUUUGCACCAGUUUGGGAGGGGCCCCAGGGGGGUGAAGAAGGAACAGAAGAAGGAGAAGACGGAAGAGGUGAAGAAGGAGCAGAAGAAGACGGAGAAGGAGGAGGAAAAAAAGACGGAGAAGAAGGAGGAAAAAAAGACGGAGAAGAAAACGGAGAAGAAGGUGGAGAAAACGGAGAAGGCGGAGAAGACGGAGGAACCCUCCUCCCUCUUCUCCUCCUCACCAGAGCAGACGCCCCCGUCUACCUGGCACUGCCAAAAGUGCAACUGCCCCGGGAGGGGUGGAACCAAAGGGGGGGGCUCGGAGGAAGGCGAAGCGGCGCCACUGGGAGGCCCACCUAAUGUAGACCCACAGAACAUACUCUCCAAAAUAAUGCACUCAAGAAAAGAUGGGCAAAAAAAAAGGAAACAAAUUAGCAAAAGGUUAAACGACUUGUGGGAGAUGUACAUGACGAGCGACUUUCCCAAUUGGCGGAUGGGUCAUCGUGAGGAUGUGACGACCGAGAUUUUGCAAAAGAUUAUGCAGAAGGGGCGCCAGGAAAUAGAGUUUUUGGAGGGCUCCAAGAGGGUUCGUAUGAGUAAAGUGCCCAGGGUGUUAAGGAAGAAGAGGGGGAUAAGCCGCAGAGGGGGAGGGGACAGAACUGGUGGCACACGAGGAGGGAGGUACACCACGCGAUGUGGCCAAACCAAUGCCGGCGGCGAAGCGGACGCUGCCGAGGCCGUCCGAAGGGGAAGUACCAAGGGUUCCAGUUCGAUGGACACGAGCGCAGCGAACGGAGUGAGCGCGGCUAAUCCGAUCAAUCCUACCACCUUGACCAACCCGACCACCCCCCUGGGUGGUGGAGGCCCCUCACUUAGCGCACCCCCCUGUGGUGCGAACAACCUCGCGAACGUAACCAGCAGGGAGACGUCCAACAGCAGGGGCAGCCUCUCCGGAAACAGGGCUGCCAGCAGUAAGGACACCCAAGGGGAGCACGCAAGCACCAUUUUGGGAAAGCCCGACCAAGCGCAGAGCCUCAAAAAAGAAACGAGCUUCACCCGUUUAGGGGCCAAGGGGGGAGCGGUCAAGCCCACUGGCAUGCAGGGCAGUAGCAAGAUAGGCGGCAGUGGUGUAGCGCUUCUCACCGGUGUAUCACUUCCCACCGGGGUAGCCGAUGAACCCGGUUCCAGCAAGAGCAGCCGUAACUGGGCACCCCAGAAGAACCCCCGCGCCUCAGAUGUCGCUCACACGCCGAGCUCCUCCCUGGCGGCGUAUGCGCUACACCCGCAGGAGCUAACAGAGGGGAAGCUGAUGAGCGGCCUGUGCAGUACACACACGAAGGAGGGCACCGUGGCGAAGCUCUCCCGGAGCAGCGUCAUUCGAAUUAGGAAAGAAAUCUCGAGGAAAGCAAAACUGAGGAAUGCAAAAGUGGAAACGAAGAAGUGUGGCCAAGGGAUUCACGAAAUGUUAAUGAGUUCCCUUAAAGGAGAGGUAAAAAUGAAGGUAAAAAAUUUUGCAAAAGUACACCAGGUAGGGCAGGGAGCUUAUGGAGACGUGUGGAUGGCCGAGGACAUCACACACAACAGGAGAGUGGCUUUAAAGAAAUUAAAAAUAAAUGGAAACAAAGAGGGACUGGCCAAAACGUACAUUAGGGAAAUCUCCAUUUUGAAUUCUCUGAAGCAUAAGAAUAUUGUGGAGUUGAUGGGGGUGGUUUACACCAAGCUCCCCCCCAGUGCGGACUUCCCGGCGCCUCCCUGCGGGCCCGGCGCGUCGGACCGGCUGCGCCAGAUGCAGCAGCUGAAGCAGCUAAAGCAGUUGAAUCAAUCGCAGCAAUCGCAGCAAUCGCGGCAAUCGCGGCAACCGCAGCAACCGCAGCAAGGGCGGCGGCGCGCCUCCUCCCGCACGUCACUCGCCAGGAAGGGCGAGGCGAACGCGUCCAUCUGGAUGGUGUUCGAGUACGUGCCGUUCGACCUAUCGGGGUACAGCGAGCUGCUGAGGGACGAGCGGCCCCAGCGGGAGAGGUACAAAAACGGAAACCUAUUCACCAUAGGAGAAGUGAAGAGCAUUUUCCUGCAGCUACUCAGAGCAUUAAAUUACUGCCACAAAAAUAGUAUCAUCCACCGGGAUGUCAAAAUAGCCAAUUUGCUAAUCGAUCAAAAUGGAAUCUUAAAGCUAGCCGAUUUUGGGCUAGCCAGAUUCCACACAGAUGUAACUCCCUCCCAUAUGACCAAUAGAGUUAUUACCCUUUGGUAUAGACCCCCUGAGUUGUUACUAGGAUCAAAUUGCUAUUCAUCAUCUGUUGAUAUGUGGAGCUGUGGAUGUGUCUUGGCUGAGCUUCUCACGAGCAACCCCAUCUUCUCGGCAGAUAACGAAACUGACAUCCUCAAAAUUAUUGUAAAUAAAAUGGGGACCCCCAGCAAUAAAGAAAUUAAAUUUUUGAGGCACCUACCCAAUUGGAAUGUGGCAAGCUUAAAUCCGUUGCACCCAAAUAACAUUAAUAAGGUGAAUCAAAAUAAAAAGAGCGAAGUGGAAAAUGCAAUUAGAAGCAUACCUGGUGUAGGAGAGGUAGGAUUAGAUCUCAUAAAGAAUCUCCUUAAAUGGAAUCCCUUUGAGAGAUUAUCCGCUCUGCAGGCUAUGCACCACCCCUGGUUCACCACCAACCCUUUGCCGGAAAGGAUAAGCGAAAGAAGCAACAUUAAAGCUGCUCAUAGUUUCAUGACCAAAAAUUUUAAAAAGAGAGACACCUCCAGAUUAAAUUACAGGAGGGUGCAGGAGAAUUUUAGGUUCAUUAAUGUGGGGAAUUAUAGGAGGGCUCUUUUUUACAGCCGAUAUGGCGAGGUGCUCUUGCGCUCCGCCGCCGCUGCCGCCUCGGCCGGGCGGCGCCACCCCCCGGUUCCCCCAACGGGUAGGUUGCUCUGCGGAAGGGCCCGUCCGCCGAUCCGCCGAUCCCAUCUGCAACCACUCCCGUGUAAAUUAACCGCCCCAGCGCACGCCCAUUCAUCUGCGCCAUUCCCCCUUCCCCUCCCCGCAGCGGAGAAGAACCAGCAGGCGAGAGAGACGCGAGAUAACCAGCAGAUGCAGGAUAACCGCGAGACCCAAGGAGCGCCCAACAAACGAAACGCAGAAAAGGCGCGAACUGCGAAGGAGGCAAACAAGCAGAAAGAGCACCACGCGAACGGCAAGGAGAGACGCAGAAGGGAGGCCACGCCCCCACACAGAUAUAACCCCGACGCGCCAACCCAUUCAAGUAGGACCGAGCUAAGUGCACGUGCUCAUCCAGGUGACGCUUUUAAAAAAACUGAUCAUCGCCACGCACCUGUAGAGAGGGAAAAGCCUCCCUUAAAAGAUCGCGAAAGGGUAACAGACGCCAAGGGGAAAAAAGGGAACAAUUAUAAAGUGAAGGAACAGCACCUGGAGGAGGAGCAUCCACGAUACGGCCAAUUUGGAACCCAUCGGGAUGGUAGCUUCCGCGGAGACACCCGGUGGAGACGGGAGGAGAGCUCUGAAAGGAGCAGGCGCUCGUCCAUUCGGGAGGGGGCGUACCCCUCUCAUAGUUACCGCGGAAGGGUGAGCAGAAUUAGGGACAGCACGAGCAGGGUGGAGAGGAGCAGGCACGAUAGGAGCAGGGAGAGGGAGUGGUACAAGAGGGACUACGCGGAGAGGGGGAGAGAAAGCGGAAGAGACAUGGGCAGGGAAAACGGAAGAGACAUCGGCAGAGAGAGGGACAGGAAAAGAGACAGGGAGCGGGAAAGGGAGUGGGAGCGCGACAAGCGCAGGGACACCGGACGGGAAUUGGAGAGGGGGAGAGAACAGGAGAGGGAGAGGGGAAGAGAACAGGAGAGGGAGAGGGGAAGAGAACAAGAGAGGGAGAGGGAGCGUGAUAGAGAGAGGGACAGGGAAAAGGAGCGGGAAAGAGCUAGAGAUAGAGAGAGGGAAAGGGAAAAGGAAAAGGAAAAGGAGCGUGAGAGGGCAAGAGAUCGAGAUAGAGAGAGAGACAGGGAAAAGGAGCGGGAGAGGGAGCGCGACCGAGAAAGGGACAGGGAAAAGGAAAAGGAAAAGGAGCGUGAGAGGGCAAGAGAUCGAGAUAGAGAGAGAGACAGGGAAAAGGAGCGGGAGAGGGAGCGCGACCGAGAAAGGGACAGGGAAAAGGAGCGGGAGAGGGAACGCGAUAGAGAGAGAGACCGCGACCGAAACCGCGACCGAAACCGCGAACCGCAUAAACGCAGAAGCAGAGACAACCCAAACAGAAACGAAGAGAACCAACUGAAGGAGCAGAAAAAACACAAGCUGGAUGCAGAGGAUGCCAAGCGGGAGCGGAAAAGAAAGCUAUGA